AUGGGGCGGACGUCCCUAGGAGGGGCCGCCGCAUGCAUCCAGGGGUUCCGAUCGCCGAGGCUCCCCGACGAGCACGUGCAAGUUCAAAACCCGCCCAGCCCUGGGCCAUCCACCCCGUUUGCCUCCGCCGAGGUGAGCAGCACCGUCUUCCUCUCCGCCUCGGCAGUCCGCGGCGCCCGCCCGCCGACCCGCGGCACGCCGCCCAGGGCUGUGCGGGCGGGCACCGCGGGCGCCGCGGCCGCGGGCCUCCUUGGCGGCGGCUGCCGGCGGCGCGCCCGAGAAGGGGUCAAAAGGGCGAGGAGGGAGGCCGAAGUGGGCACGGAAAGAGGGGGCACGAUGCUGGCCGCCCAGGGCACCGCCGCCGGCGGGCACGACGAGGGCGCCGGCCCCGCCGGCGGCGGGCAGGCGCACCAGCCUGCUCGAGGCAACGCGCACCUGUCGGGCGUUGCCGGAGCUGGUCCCAGCCCAGGGUGA